AUGCAACAGUCACCUUCACGGGCCCCCGAGGGCAACCGGCAGCACGCUUUCACAGUGAACGAGCAGCCGCAAGCCGCAUGUGCUGGCAGCAUGCCCGCCACCCGCAUGCACCUGACGGCCAGCGCGGGGCGCCCCCUCCCUCCCCCUCUAUGCCCGGCGGCGCCACAUUGCGCAUGCGAACAUGGCUGCUUUGCCGAACGAGGCAGGCGUCCGAGUCCAGGGCCAGACAAGGUGUAUUCGGCUCGCGCAUCGACCCUGCGCGGCCAACCCACCCCACGAGCCAACGCCUGCUCCCAAUAG